CUCCCGCCUAAAAGUGCAUACACACAUUCAUUCAUAUCCUUCCCAAUCAACGAUUCACUUCCACAGUUGAGCAAAAAAAGAAAAAAAACUUGAGGAAGGCAGUAGCUAGCCAACAAGAUGGAUUCAUAUUUCACCGACGAGAAAGCAGCGAAGGUCGAGAAUAUCUUCUUGGAGUUUCUUAAGAGUUUUAGGUUAGAUGCGAAUUCGAGGGAACCUUUGUAUGAAUCGGAAAUCGAAGCAAUGAGACCAAACGAGUCCAACACAAUGUUCAUCGAUUUCUCACAUGUUAUGCGGUUCAACGAUGUUCUGCAGAAAGCCAUUUCUGAUGAAUAUUUGAGGUUUGAGUCGUACCUGAAGAACGCAUGUAAGAGGUUCGUAAUGGGUCAGAAACCCACCUUCAUAACCGACGACAACCCAAAUAAGGAUAUCAAUAUUGCAUUUUAUAAUUUACCUGUGAUAAAAAGAUUGAGGGAACUGAGCACAUCUGAGAUAGGCAGACUAGUAUCAGUUACAGGAGUGGUGACUCGCACUAGUGAGGUUAGACCAGAACUCCUUCAGGGAACUUUCAAGUGCUUGGAUUGUGGAACCAUCAUCAAAAACGUUGAGCAACAGUAUAAAUACACUGAGCCCAUGAUAUGCAUUAAUGCAAUGUGCUCAAAGAAAGGAAAAUGGGCACUUCUCCGACAAGAAAGUAAAUUUGCAGAUUGGCAGAGAGUCAGGAUGCAGGAAACAUCAAAAGAAAUACCUGCAGGAUCCCUUCCUAGAUCAUUAGAUGUCAUUCUUCGCCAUGACAUUGUUGAACAGGCUAGGGCUGGUGACACGGUGAUCUUUACUGGCACUGUGGUUGUGAUACCUGACAUUUUCGCAUUGGCAGCUCCUGGAGAAAGAGCUGAAGUUCGUAGAGAUGGUGGUAGUAAACGCGAUACCACUGGCACUGUUCAAGAAGGUGUUAAAGGCCUGAGGGCUUUGGGCGUUAGAGACCUUUCUUAUCGCCUUGCCUUUAUUGCCAAUUCAGUGCAGAUUUGUGAUGGGAGAAGAGAUGCUGACAUACGAAAUAGGAAGAGGGAUGCUGAGGAUGAAGACAAUCUACAAUUCACGGCGGAGGAGGUAGCUGAGGUUAAAGAAAUGAGAAAUACCCCUGAUUUUUUCAACAAACUUGUUGAUAGUAUGGCACCUACUGUUUUUGGACAUCAAGACAUCAAGCGAGCAAUUCUGCUUAUGCUUUUGGGUGGAGUUCAUAAGUUCACCCAUGAAGGGAUCAAUCUCAGGGGGGACAUCAAUGUUUGUAUUGUUGGAGAUCCUAGUUGUGCUAAAUCUCAGUUUCUCAAAUACACAACAACCUUAGUUUCAAGAUCUGUUUACACAUCCGGGAAAUCUUCAUCUGCUGCUGGAUUGACAGCCACUGUUGCAAAAGAACCAGAGACCGGAGAGUUUUGUAUUGAGGCUGGUGCACUGAUGCUUGCUGACAAUGGUGUCUGUUGCAUUGACGAAUUUGACAAAAUGGAUAUAAGAGAUCAGGUUGCAAUACAUGAAGCUAUGGAACAACAAACAAUUAGUAUCACAAAAGCAGGAAUACAAGCAACAUUGAACGCAAGAACAUCAAUUUUGGCUGCUGCCAAUCCCACAGGAGGCCGCUAUGAUAAAUCUAAACCCUUGAAGUAUAAUGUUGCGCUUCCUCCAGCCAUUCUUUCAAGAUUUGACCUGGUGUAUGUGAUGAUUGAUGAUCCUGAUGACACAACAGAUUUCCAUAUCGCCUCUCACAUUGUCAGAGUUCAUCAAAAGCGUGAAAAUGCUGUUGCUCCUGCCUUCACCACUGCACAGCUCAAGCGUUACAUUCAAGUUGCCAAGUCUAAAAAGCCAAAGCUAAGUGUAGAAGCAAGAAAAGUUUUGGUUGAUUCUUAUGUUGCUCUUCGUAGAGGUGAUACAGCUCCAGGAAGUAGAGUUGCAUAUCGCAUGACAGUUAGACAGUUGGAGGCUCUAAUCAGACUUUCAGAGGCAAUUGCCAGGUGUCACCUCGAUGAUGAGGUUCACCCUCGCCAUGUUAAGUUAGCAACAAGACUUCUAAAAACUUCAGUAAUCAGUGUGGAGUCAACUGAGAUUGAUUUGACCGAGUUCCAAGAAGAUGGAGAUGGUGAUGUUGAACCACAGACAGCAGAUGCCAAUAACGAGCAACCAGAAAAUGGACAAGGGCAGGAACAGGAAGGGAAGAAACUUGUGAUAACAGAUGAAUACUUUCAGAGAGUGACUCAAGCCCUUGUCAUGCGUCUUAGACAACAUGAGGAAACUGUUAUGCAAGAUGGGAGUGGGUUAGCUGGAAUGAGGCAAAGGGAUCUGAUACAGUGGUAUGUGGGUCAACAGAAUGAGAAGAACAACUACAGCUCCAUGGAAGAGGCAAAGGCUGAAGUCACCAAGAUUAAAGCUAUCAUAGAGAGUUUGGUGAGAAGGGAGGGGCAUCUGAUAGUGGUAGAUGACGAGGCACAAGGGGAUGAUGGAGUACGUUCUUCUCGAAACAACAGGAUUCUUGCUGUGGCACCUAACUAUGUUAUUCAUUAAAAUGCAUUUAACAUGCUUUGCUUUCAAAUGUUGUUCAAUUGAUUAAAAGUCUUGAUUUCUAUGGUUGAUCGACUAAAAGUGUUGAUUUCUAUGGAUAUAUCCUCCAAAUGGUUGUUUUAG